CGGAAGUUUAACUGUUGCCCACCUUUCAUUGAAACCGGACACACUGGUUCGAAGCACUCUCGCCCUAGAUGGACUCGGACUGGGAGGCAGUACUGUAUGAAUGGGUGCAAAAUUGAUAUCUCUUGCACAGAUCUUUCUGACGUAGACUAUGCACAAGAAACCGUGAAUAACAUGCUCUUUUCGAAUUUAGUCUCAUGGUCUAGUUUCCUAUAUGUUCGUCUACUGUAGAAACGUUUGGAGGAGUUCAUCGACAUGCAUUAGAAGAGGAGAAACAACUUGCUGUGCUGGUGGACUGGACAGAGGAAGAUUUCGCGAGGACACUCGCAGGGCGCGUAUGGAUUACAUGUAAAACCAGUGUUGGUUUCGCUGCUAUUUGGGGGAAAGUCAUCCGAGAAGUGCAUUUUCAGGAGACCAUGGACAGCCUCGCUUCCGUGCUAGAGGGAUUCCGUUCAGCCUGGGUUGAUGUUUCCCGGGACUCGAAGAGCUCACAGCCGUGGAAUGGAGAGUGAAAUAAGCUCUAUGAAAAAAAUAGGCUAUUUAUAAUAUUGGUGUGAAAUGUAUUUAUGAUCUGGGUAUCAUGGUUUAUUUCCCCAACAAUCGUAAAUAAACUACUUGGAAUCUAGUGAUACACUUAGAAUAGUGGAUACUUUUAAAAGGAGCGCUUUGGUGACACAUGUGUGGAUCUAUUGAAUUAGGCUAUGCACGGAAUUCAACUGUCAAAUGACAGUUUCAAAGACGUUUUGUUUUGUUUCCACGUUGUCGCCACUAUCUCUUUAAUUUCAUCCAUCCACCGUAUCACUCCUUUAACCAGGUUAGAGCCGUAGAGAAAGAUAAAUAAACCCCCUGUCUCUUAUAGCGCGCCCACACGGGUACCGGGGUCGGGAUGUGGGGUGGCCGAGGUCUCCCAAUGUCUGUCACCGUGGUUGUAACUCUACUCCUGGUUAUUAUUGACGUUAAGGCGAGUGGAGAAUACUGUCACGGUUGGCAUGACACCCAGGGCACCUGGAGAGAGGGCUUCCAGUGCCCGGAGAAGUUUGAUGGUGAGGAUGCCAUCAUCUGCUGCGGGAAAUGCGAGCUCCGGUACUGCUGCUCCAGCACUGAAGCACGGCUGGACCAGGGGACUUGUGAAAACGACAAGCAAGCCCAGGAACCGGGCACCAACAGCAAGGAGAACAAGGAUACGGGCGCAAUACCCAUCUACGUUCCCUUCCUGAUUGUGGGCUCUGUAUUCGUGGCCUUCGUCCUGGUGGGUUCCGUCGUUGCCGUGUGCUGCUGCCGCUGUCUCCGCCCCAAACAGGAACUGUCUUCAGGGGGUGGGGGAGGAGGCGGGUCUGGUGGCGGCCGUCUCCUUGAGACCAUUCCCAUGAUGGCCAGCGUGGGCACGUCUCGCGGGUCCUCCUCCCGCCAAUCAAGCACAGCCACGUCGUCCAGUUCCUCUGCCCCUCCUGCCCAGGUGCCUCGCCCGGCCCCCCAGCCCAUGAUGCGUGCCCAGGCCUCCUGCUGUCUGCCUACAGACGCCAGUGUCUUCGUCAACAUGCCCACCAACUUCUCCGUGCUCAACUGCCAGCAGGCCACCCAGAUCAUGCCCCACCAGGGACAGUUCAUCCACCCCCAGUACAUCGGCUACGCCACCCACCACAUGUCCCCGCCCCAGGGGGUCUACCUGGACCCCACCCAGGGGGGCUACAGACAGCUGCAGUCCCUACCCCCACCCACCAGUGUGGCCAGUGUCACCAGUGAGCAGAAGUACCCUCCAGUAACAGUUUGAGGAAGGGGCCAUUUUGGUGACUGUGUGUAUCAGACCGUGUGAGGACUUUGUGGAACUCUGCCAGAAAACCUUACAGAGAUUGCGUGAGAAACCUUAUGGGGACAUUGGGAGCUCGCCAGCUUGGAGAGAGAAUGAUAUGGACUCUGGCUCACACAGAGGACUCGUAAAACCCAAGCUGGGAUCUGUGCCUAACCAGCCACAGUGUGUUGCGUGCGUCUGUCCUACAUCCCACUGGGCACACACCGGUUGAAUCAACGAUGUUUCCACAUUAUUUCAAUGAAAUGAUGUUGAACCAACGUGGAAUAGAUGUUGAAUUGACUUCUGUGCCUAGUGGGAUGUGUGUGAUAUUACGUUGCCUCAGGGUAAUCAUUCUGACUGAGUCAACCUCAACCCAAGAUGGAGUAUGUGAGGACAAGAAAGGGGUACAUCUUUCUGGAUGUCCUCAUUCAAGAAAACACAAUCACAUAGAGGGGUCAAGCUACUCACCAUGGCCAAUGAAUCUCAGCAUACAGUGGCUUGCGAAAGUAUUCAACCCCUUGACAUUUUUCCAAGUUUGUUGCCUUACAAUCUGGAAUUAAAAUUGAUUUGGGGGGGGGGUUGUAUCAUUUGAUUUACACAACAUGCCUACCACCUUGAAGAUGCAAAAUAAUUGUUAUUGUGAAACAAACAUGAAAUAAGACAAAAUAAAAUGAAAACUUGAGCGAGCAUAACUAUUCACCCCCCCCCAAAAGUUAAUACUUUAUAGAGCCACCUUUUGCAGCAAUUACAGCUGCAAGUCUCUUGGGGUAUGUCUCUAUAAGCCUGGCACAUCUAGCCACUGGGACUUUUGCCAACUCUUCAAGGCAAAACUGCUCCAGCUCCUUCAAGUUGGAUGGGUUCCGCUGGUGGACAGCAAUCUUUAAGUCAUACCACAGAUUCUCAAUUGGAUUGAGGUCUGGGCUUUGACUAGGCCAUUCCAAGACAUUUAAAUGUUUCCCCUUAAACCACUCGAGUGUUUCUUUAGCAGUAUGCUCAGGGUCAUUGUCCUGAUGGAAGGUGAACCUCCGUCCCAGUCUCAAAUCUCUGGAAAACUGAAACAGGUUUCCCUCAAGAAUUCCCCUGUAUUUAGCGCCAUCCAUCAUUCCUUCAAUUCUGACCAGUUUCCCAGUCCCUGCCAAUGAAAAACAUCCCCACAGCAUGACGCUGCCACCACUAUGCUUCACUGUGGGGAUAGGGUUCUCGGGGUGAUGAGAAGUGUUGGGUUUGCACCAGACAUGAUGGCCUGAAAGCUCAAUUAUAGUCUCAUCUGACCAGAAUACCUUCUUCCAUAUGUUUGGGGAGUCUCCCACAUCCCUUUUGGCAAACACCAAAUGUGUUUGCUUAUUUUUUCUUUAAGCAAUGGCUUUUUUUCUGGCCACUCUUCUGUAAAGCCCAGUUCUGUGGAGUGUAUGUCUUAAAGUGGUCCUAUGGACAGAUACUCCAAUCUCCACUGUGGCGCUUUGCAGCUCCUUCAGGGUUAUCUUUGGUCUCUUUGUUGCCUCUCUGAUUAAUGCCCUCCUUGCCUGGUCCGUGAGUUUUGGUGGGCGGCCCUCUCUUGGCAGGUUUGUUGUGGUGCUAUAUUCUUUCCAUUUUUUAAUAAUGGAUUUAAUGGUGCUCCGUGGGAUGUCAAAUCAAAUCAAAUGUAUUUGUCACAUACACAUGGUUAGCAGAUGUUAAUGCGAGUGUAGCGAAAUGCUUGUGCUUCUAGUUCUGACAAUGCAGUAAUAACCAACGAGUAAUCUAACCUAACAAUUCCACAACUACUACCUUAUACACAUAAGUGUAAAGGGAUAAAGAAUAUGUACAUAAAGAUAUAUGAAUGAGUGAUGGUACAGAACGGCAUAGGCAAGAUGCAGUAGAUGGUAUCGAGUACAGUAUAUACAUAUGAGAUGAGUAAUGUAGGGUAUGUAAACAAAGUAGCAUAGUUUAAAGUGUCUAGUUAUACAUGUAUUACAUAAAGAUGCAGUAGAUGAUAUAGAGUACAGUAUAUACAUAUACAUAUGAGAUGAGUAAUGUAGGGUAUGUAAACAUUAUAUUAAGUAGCAUUGUUUAAAGUGGCUAGUGAUAUAUUUUCCAUCAAUUUCCAUCAAUUCCCAUUAUUAAAGUGGCUGGAGUUGAGUCAGUAUGUUGGCAGCAGCCACUCAAUGUUAGUGGUGGCUGUUUAACAGUCUGGUGGCCUUGAGAUAGAAGCUGUUUUUCAGUCUCUCGGUCCCUGCUUUGAUGCACCUGUACUGACCUCGCCUUCUGGAUGAUAGCGGGGUGAACAGGCAGUGGCUCGGGUGGUUGUUGUGGUUGUUGUUCAAAGUUUCUGAUAUGUUUUUAUAUCCCAACCCUGAUCUGUACUUCUCCACAACUUUGUCAGUGACCUGUUUGGAGAGCUCCUUGGUCUUCAUGGUACCGCUUGCUUGGUUGUGUCCCUUGCUUAGUGGUGUUGCAGACUCUGGGGCCUUUCAGAACAGGUGUAUAUAUAUAUAUAUAUAUUGAGAUCAUGGAACAGAUCAUGUGACACUUAGAUUGCACACAGAUGGACUUGAACUAAUUAUGUGACUUUUGAAGGUAGUUGGUUGCACCAGAUCUUAUUUAGGGGCUUCAUAGCAAAGAGGGUGACACCACUUUCACAUUUUUUAUUUUUUAUAAUUUUUUGAAACAAGUUAUAUUUUUCAUUUCACUUGACCAAUUUGGACUGUUGUGUGUAUGUUCAUUACAUGAAAUCCAAAUAAAAAUACAUUUAAAUUACAGGUUGUAAUGCAACAAAAUAGGAAAAACACCAAGGGGGAUGAAUACUUUUGCAAGGCACUGUACAUUUGUGUGUUUAACAUCUUGAAAUUUGUCCAUGUAGUAUCUGUUGUAUGUGUAAAUGAGUGAAUGUGUGUAUGUACAGUACAGGUUGUGAGGUGCUGUGUCCAGUGUGUGUACUGUAUGUGAAUUGUGAAUAUAUGAAGAGUUUAUUUCCAAAACGCUAUACCAACCAAUUUUUCAUGUGUUUUUUAAUUUAAAAAAAAAUCAGAAAUGAUUGCUUAUGGGUACCUUCAUGUGUGUGUAAAAUAUUACUGUUUUCAGAUUUUUUAUUAAUAGAUUUUAGAUGCAUAUGAAAAUGUGUUUUUUCUUCUUCAAAAUGCUAUGUAUCCAUUGUUUUGCUGGAAUGGAAUGUUGGUGUACUGUUUAUUUGGCUAAUGUGGUUGUCUCACCUAGCUAUCUUAAGAUGAAUGCACUAAAUGUAAGUUGCUCUGGAUAAGAGCAUCAGCUAAAUGACUCAAAUGUAAAAGUUUUACAUACAGAUGUCAUAUUACCGUAUUGAUUUAUUUUGUAUUUUUUUUAUAUUGAUGUCACAAGUGUAUAAUUUCUACAUUUUUUUUGUAAUAUGUGACUGUGUAAAAACAAACUACUUAUUUCUCUCAGAGUGAGGUGGAUAUAUAGCAUUUUGCAACAAAAAAAACAUGAUUAUUUGUCUCUGAAAUGAAACUAUUAAACCUCUUAUGGCUCUUGCGAAUUUCGCAGCUUUUUGUUAAAAAUCGCGCAACAUUUCAGCGCCCUGCUACUCAUGCCAGGAAUAUAGUAUAUGCAUAUGAUUAGUAUGUGUGGAUAGAAAACACUCAGACGUUUCUAAAACUGGCUAAAUCACGGCUGUGACUAUAACAGAACGUGCGUUUCAUCGAAAAGUGCAGGAAAAUCUGAUCACUGAAAAUGGGAAAAUAUAUCCAUGCGCCACUUCAACCAAUUGUUAAAAGUGACCCACAUUAAAUGGGGCCGAGGUUGCAAUACCUACAGCUUCCACACGA